CUCAUGACCUGAAGCGACAAGUUUUCCCCAGAAAAAAAGAUGAUAGAAUAUGGGGGUGGAGCUGAAGCACCAACAUGUGAUUGUAAUACUACCUAUGCUUUUGCCGAAGCAUGUUUUAAAAAAGGUUCAUGAAAGGCUUAUGAUCCCUUCUUCCUCCUUCUUUUUCUCCCAUAUUGUCGUGUUGGCCUUUUCUUUUGAUUCUGUGAUAUAUACCCUUUGACAGUUUUGAUUAUCCUUUUCCCAUCACAUCAGCAACACAAAGUCAACAUGUCUAAAGUCUUUACCACAGGCGACGUUGCGUCGCAUAACAAGCCCGGCGACUUGUACAUCAUUGUCGAUGGCGAUGUUUACGAUUUGACAAAAUUUCAAGACGACCACCCAGGUGGUAAGAAGAUUCUCCAGCGCGUCGGCGGCAAGGACGCUUCCAAGCAAUUCUGGAAGUACCACAACGAGGGUAUCCUCAAGAAGUACAAGAAGCAGCUUCAGGUCGGAUCUCUUGACUCCAAGCCCGCGGCCCCCGAGCCUAAGCCUGAGGCCAAUGCUGCUCCGGUGCCCGCGGCCCCUACACCCAAGGCCGUGAAGACUACACAGAAGGAGGUUGCUGCCAAGGAGGAAGACGCCGAGGCUCUUGAGCCUUUCGGCGACCAGAUUCCCUUUGCUGACCCUGCCUGGUACCAAAGCUACCACUCACCAUACUUCAACGAAUCUCAUGCUGCUCUCCGCGCCGAGAUCCGCGAAUGGGUUGAGAAAGAUAUCGAGCCUUAUGUCACCGACUGGGACGAGGCCAAGGAGGUCCCUGAGGAGAUCUAUAAGGAGAUGGGUCGUCGCGGUUACCUCGCUGGUCUUCUCGGUGUCAAGUACCCAACCCAAUAUGCUCCUCAAGGUAUCAAGUCUGUCGCUCCUGAGCAGUGGGAUCUCUUCCACGAGAUGAUCAUCACCGACGAGCUGUCCCGCACUGGCUCUGGUGGUUUCGUUUGGAACAUCAUCGGUGGCUUCGGUAUUGGCUGCCCUCCUCUUAUGAAGUUCGGUAAGAAGGAGCUCAAAGACCGUAUCAUGCCUGGUAUCCUUAGUGGUGAGAAGCGCAUUUGCUUGGCUAUCACUGAGCCUGAUGCUGGUAGUGAUGUCGCCAACCUGACCUGCGAGGCCAAGCUGAGCGAGGAUGGCAAGCACUACAUCGUCAACGGUGAGAAGAAGUGGAUUACCAAUGGUAUCUGGGCCGACUACUUCACCGUCGCUGUGCGAACUGGAGAGGCUGGUAUGAACGGUGUGUCUCUGCUCCUCAUCGAGCGUGGCGAGGGUGUUUCCACCCGACGCAUGCCUUGCCAAGGUGUCCUGUCUUCAGGCACAACAUACAUCACCUUCGAAGAUGUGAAGGUUCCCGUUGAGAACUUGCUCGGCAAGCAGAACCAGGGUUUCAAGGUCAUCAUGACCAACUUCAACCACGAGCGUAUGGGUAUUAUCAUCCAGUCCCUCCGAUUCUCUCGUGUCUGCUACGAGGAGUCCGUCAAGUACGGUAGCAAGCGACGCACAUUCGGCAAGAAGCUCAUUGACCACCCUGUUAUCCGCAUGAAGCUCGCUCACAUGGCUCGUCAAAUCGAGGCCUCAUACAACUGGCUCGAGAACCUCAUCUACCAGUGCGAGCGCAUGGGCGAGACAGAGGCUAUGCUUCGACUCGGCGGUCCUAUUGCUGGUCUCAAGGCUCAAUCUACCCUCACAUUUGAGUUCUGUGCCCGGGAAGCUAGUCAGAUCUUCGGUGGUCUGAGUUACUCUCGAGGAGGUCAGGGUGCCAAGGUCGAGCGACUGUACCGUGAUGUGCGAGCAUAUGCCAUCCCCGGUGGCAGUGAAGAGAUUAUGCUUGAUCUUAGCAUGAGGCAGAGUCUGAGAGUUGCAAAGGCUGUGGGUAUGAAGCUGUAAAAGCCGGAGUAGAGAUCAUUUGUAUAUAUAUUGCACCACCUUGGAGUUACUUAUUUGGCUAUGGCCUUGGUCUAGAUGUCAGGCCGAGUAGAGCGAAGAAUGAAUACCAGUUUUUACAAAUUCCAUGAUAAAUGAUGAACGAAUGGCUUGCGUGAAUUGGCAAUUCCUCCAGCG